CGCGCCGGUCGUGUGACGUCAUCAUCCCGCGCCGCUUCGCGAGCGGCUCAGGUGGAGAAGCCGAGCGCAGUGGCGGCGAGGCUGGGCAGGCGAUCCAUUCAGACCCGGCAAUCAGAUGAAAUCUUGCCCUUUGUUGAGUCUUUCACCUCGGCGGACGGACGCCAAGAGUAGCAGACAUGUCUUACUGCAGGCAAGAAGGUAAAGAUUGGAUUAUUUUUGUGACCAAGGAGGACCAUGACGCCCCUAGCAACGCCGAGCUGAUUGCAGACGAUCCACACGACCCGUAUGAGGAGCAAGGCCUCAUCCUGCCCAACGGUGACAUCAAUUGGAACUGCCCGUGCCUCGGUGGCAUGGCCAGCGGACCUUGCGGCGCUCAGUUCAAGGAGGCCUUCUCAUGCUUUCACUCCAGUCAGGAGGAGGUGAAGGGCUCCGAGUGCAUCCAGCACUUCCGGAGCAUGCAGGAGUGCAUGCAGAGGUACCCGGAGCUCUAUCCUCAGGAGGAAGACCACCAAAACUCCGAUCGUCCGGAGACCAACUCUGCCCCCGACUCGCCCGAGGACCCGCCCUUAACGCCUCAGGCGGUCAACGGACCGGCCGGCUCACCAGCAGGCAACCGGACGGCCAGCUAAAAUCAAAAGUCAAAUCCCCUGGCUCUUCAGUCUCAGCGCGCAAGCCCUGCGCAGCGCUUUGUUGCGUCGAUUGCUGCCCUCUUGACAGUGGAGCAACCAAAGAAGGCCCGCCUGUACUGCGGUGGUUUUCGUGGGCAGCACCAGAAGAUGAACUUGAAGCGUGGUGGUGAUCGAUGGAAGGUCCCCUCCGUCCGUGGACUGCGGCCAUCGGGUCAAAAUACAGCCGCCACAACAAAACAUGCUCUCAUCAGAAAAAAGCCUUCCAAACUUUCCAAAUAAGGGUCUCUUGUUUCAUACCGGAUUGUGCAUUAAAGAAAACAGCAAGCGCAAAAGAAUAAAUCUGCUCUCCUCUCCUUUGCUUGCCCGCCGCAGCUUUGCGCUUUUUCAUCGACUUUCCGUGAAGGCGUUGACGCGAAAAGCUCAACGGCAUGUCUUGAUUUCACUUGCGGAUCAAUCAACUUGUUGAGUCGAGCAGUCCGUUGUUGUAGUACGGGAACUCGCCACACGGUGGCGACUCUUGGCUUCGAUGUGCUAGCUCGUCACUUUUUGCUCCAACAUCCGUAGUACACUUUUUUUCCUUUAGUUGUGGACUUUUAUUUCGUGAAGAAUAAACACGCGUUUGUGGAAGCUCAA